AUGGCGGAAAUCCAGAAUGGGCAGCACGAGUACAACGGGCCUCACAGCUCUGAGGAGAACACCCGCCUCGACUUCCAACACAAUGCCCUCCGCACAGUGAUGGGCAACAAGACCCUCCACGCCACCCUCCCCUCCCCACCCACCAAAAUCCUCGACAUAGGCUGCGGCACCGGCGUAGUCACCCUCGAACUAGCAGAGAAAUUCCCCUCAGCAGAGAUUAUAGCCAUCGACAUAAUCAAGCCAAUCCACCCCAUCGAAAAAUUAAAAAACGUCCGUUUCCUUCAAGGGAAAUUCGCAGACUUCAUCGCCGACGGCACCCUCCAACCUGCCUCCUUCGACUACAUCUUCUCCCGCCUCCUAAUCCUCGGAAUCACGGACUGGAAAGCGCAGACCUCCCGCGUCUUCAACCUCCUCAGGCCCGGCACGGGAAUCUACGAAGCCCAAGACCUCUCCUGGAACAUUUUCGACAAAGAAGGGCAGGUAGUCUUCGAUCAAUUCCCCAUCUUCGUCCUCAUGGUUGAAAACGCUGCGGCGAAAGGCUUGGAUACUUUCUGUGGCGAUCACCAUCCGAAAUAUCUGGGAGAUGCUGGGUUCGAGGAUGUUCAGCACGAAUCAUUUCCCUGGACGUUGCAGUAUUGGCCCGAGAGGCCGGAGACAUAUGCGCUCUCGUACAUGUUUCAAGAAGGGGGAUCGAAGGCUUUCCGCAUGACGGUCCUGGACAAACUGCUGGGGGAGAGCGGCAGGUACACGUCCGAACAGAUGGAGACGUAUAAGGCGGGGUUUGAGAAGAUGGCGCAAGAUUUUCCAGAGGGGACGCAUCAGCCUUUCUCCGUGACUUGGGGGCGGAAGCCAGCUUGA